CACCGCUGGUGCUUCACCUGAAACCUCCAGAGCACACCUACUGAAACCAGCAGGUCGGCACGGAACAAAACACAGCUUUAAACAGAGAAACAGACGACGACCAAGUCACCACUAAAGCUACAGCGUUAUAAGCAAAAGUGUCAUCUAUCCGCUACCAGAGGGCGCCACAACUAUAAAUGAAUGCGAUGGAGGAAGAGGAGAUGGUGAGUUCGGCCAGACUGGAGCCCAGUACUCUACAGUGGACAGAUAAAGACGCUCAAAUGAUGAAGAGGCGGAGCCCAGACAGCUCAUCCCUUAAUGGAGGACAAAGUCAAACGGAGAGUGAACUGGCGCUGGGGAGGAAGAUUGAGGAACAUGAGAGAGAGGAAGCAGCUCAGCUGCUCAGUCCCGAGGUGACAGUUCUUCGCUGCACACCCAUGGGCAGCAAAGACUUCUGGGAUACAGACACGGAAAAAGUCCCCUUUCUGGGAACUCAUGUCCCCCCAGCUGAAGACUUCUACCCCGACUGGUAUCCUGAGCAGCAGCCCUCAAAAUGUGGCGGUUGCUGUGGAAACAGAGACGCUCUGAAGGCGGGCGUGUCGCUGUUCACGGCGGCCCUCCUGUUCCCCUUCCUGGUGUGGGGGGGCUUUGUGUUCCUGCCCUUCGACGCGCCCAUGCUGGAGAGCGCCCCCAUGAGGCUGGUCUUCACACUGCGCUGCUCCGUCUUCGCCACGGUGCCCAUCAUCCUCGGCUGGCUGGUCCUCGGAGCGAGUCGCCUGAGGACGGGCGACGUGAGGGAAGACGGAGGCUGUGAGGAGAGCCCGCUGGUCAGGGUCCACCGCCGCUUCCUGGCCGACUCGGCGUCCCUCUUCCUGCUGUACAUGGUGCAGCUGGUCGUCAUGGCGAUGUACCUCUCCCAGGAGCAGCUGAAGCUGGUGCCGCUGCUGACCAUAGUGUUUGCUUUGGGGAGGUUGGUGUACUGGAUAGCGGCCUCCCUGGGCAGCAGUGUUCGGGGGUUUGGCUUUGGUCUGUCCUUCCUACCCAGCCUCACCAUGUUGGUAGCAAACCUCUACUUCAUCUUCACCAUGGAGGCUGCAGGGUCCCUCUUCGCCCAAGAGGUGGAGACCCACCAGGACCCACCCCCGACUAAACAGAGGUUCUGGGGAUAGGGUUCGACCCGAACCUGUUGGAAAGCUGCCUAUUUACAUUACAAAGGACAAAACCUUUGACACACAUCGAGACUCAAACUGGUAAUGGUGGAGCUUCUGUAGAGAAUCUUUCAAAGGUUCUUGUUUACGUGACAGUUCCGGGGCCUUAUUAAUAUAUAUUUUAACUUUUAUUAUAUUUUAGAUAGUUUAACAGACACUGAGUUAUGUUUGAAGAAAUCCAUUUUUUAUAUUCAUAGAAACUUCUUGGCAGAUGUUUGUACCCUUUUCACUAUGUGCCUAUUUGUAUAUCGUUUCUAGUAUUUUUGUCAAAUCAAGUUGGAAAUCUAUAAAAGAACACGUCAUUGCCCAUGUCUAAUUGAAGAACAGCAGGUAAAUCUUGUUCAUCGGAGGACUGAAAUCCACCUGGGCUCGCUAUUGUUCUUUAGGCCUUCGUGGCCUUUAUACUCUGCCAACGGUGCGACCAGUGACGUCCCAAACCUUGAUGAUCCCUCCCCACCUGAUGUUGGAUCUGUUUGGUAGCUGCAGUUUACAAAGCUCUGAUUAAACUGUCCAGACAUGUUUUAUAAAUAAAGUAUUUUAGUUUAAUGUAAAAACAUUUUACAAAAUGAAGACAUGAUCGCAUACCUUCUUCAAUAUGUACAAAAGCAUCAGCAGUUUCAUUUAUGUACAGAAAAAAUGACACAUGUUUUAUACACAGUAAAAACAAGCUACAAUAUAUAUACACAUCACUUAUUCCUAGAGUCAUUCCUGUCCCUCUCCCUCAUUGGCUGCAGCCAGCUCAGAGGGAGGGACUUCCUCCUCUGAAUCGGCUUGACGGGCAGCGGUACGAAACAGUUUCAUCAAAUCCCGGAACCUCCUUGAUACCUGAAAAGAAAUUCAGACUAUUGACUCAAUAAAACCAGGAUGUUUACUUACAUUCCUAGCGCUAGUUGGAGCUAACCCUGGACAAACCUAGAGCUCUCCCGCAGAUUGUUUACUGAAAACAAAUGAGAUGAUAGAGAUAGAUGAUAUAUUAAUGGCACAACCAAUCACCUGGUUCGGAGUCUUGUUGCCGAGCAGAUUAGAAAUGGCUUGGAAUGUGCUCUGAUUGGCUCCGUCCUGCUGACAGGUGGUCAGAAGGACUCGGUCGGCCUCCCUGAAACACAGGUUUGACAGUGAGCUUCACCAGGCCUGAGCCCACUGGGGCCGACGCGUUACAAGCCGCUGAAGAGGAGAAGGUUGUACCUGGUCCACAGGAUCACCUUCUCCCCGCUCGCCGUGAGGGACAUGUUCUUGGCCCCGACGGCGGUCUCGGGGGAGGGGCUUGGCCUGGCGUGAGGGGAGUCGUCAGCG